AUGAUAGUUAACACCGUUUAUCAUACCUUUGACAAUUCAGAUUUCCUUCUUCCCAAAACAAUGGCCUCCCCCACCGCUACCGUUACCGUUACCGUUACCGUCACCGUUCUUUUGUUCACGUUGGCUCUCUCCGUCGCUUCUUCAACGCCGGGAAAUGACAUCAUCGACAAAAGCCUAACCACCACUUCAUCAGCCGAACCCGAUCCAGAUUCCACAAACCCAAGCCUUUCCGAAUCCGAUGAGGUCACAGUGCCGGUGAAUUUCGUCAACUUCCAUCCGAUCAAUCGUCAUUUCCCUAGACGUCCGUUAACGACGACGGCUCCUUUCAAACGCCAACCAUGCCACGAGCUGUUGGGACGUGGUCUUCAGAUCUCUUACGGCAACGACAUGAUCUUCUCCAGCGAAGAAGUCAAGGCGACAGGUACAGACGUAGAUAUUCCGGCGAUUAAGAUCUUUGUCGGUUCCUUCGCGUCGGAGGAGGAGGAUCAUAGCUCCAAGAAGAUUACGGUGAAUUUAGUAAAGCGUAAAGAGAAUAUGUUCAGGAGAAAGAUUCGCAAGUUUCUCAACCAUUUGGUCUGAAGAACAAAACUCGAGUUUGUUGUGUUAGAAUCUAAGGAACAUUUAGAGAAGCACAUUCUGGUAAAUAAAUAUCAUUAUCCAUAUGAUGUGAAAAUGAUGAAGAUGAUUUUGUCUAUAUAACAAAUUCAGUAGAAUAUGAUUUUUGUUUUGUGAAACCUUAAGUCUAUAAUUUGAUUAUAUUAGUAGUCU